AUGACCCAAAGCCAGCGUGAUAUUGAUGUACUGAAAAAGAAGUGUCAAAUGAUGGAGAGCGAGCUGAAGAAGACACGAGGACGAUCCUUGUUACAGCCUACAGAUGUGGAGCAGAGAGUGGAGACUGAACCCAUACUGAUCAAGGAUGAGGAGACAGCAGAGGACGUGUGGAAGACUGACCCUCAGGAAGAGCUCAGGAUUACUGGAGAGGAGCCUGGUUCCAAGCCUGGGAAAUCACCAUCCUUUGAGCAACGGCACUGUGAUGAGGACUUCAUCACACAAGCCAAUAUAUCUCCCAGAGACUCCGUGGAACAUUACCCCAAUUCUGAUCGUCCAGAGGAACAAGGAACACCCCGGCUCUCAUCUACAAAGGUGUUCAGCACAGAGCAGCACCAGCCAGAUGAGGACUCACUAGACCUAGUGAUGGUGAAAGAUGAGAAAGAGGAGGAGCUGGAUCAGACCACAACCCUGGCAGGACCUGACCAGUUUGUCAUGGAUGACAAUGAUGGGCAGCUGUGGACCUCUGUGGGUCCAGGCAGAAACACUGACCCUGAUGGCCACCCAGAUUUCUCCUUUCAUUCCACAGAAGAGUACUCUCAGAAUAUCUCAAUUUUCCCAUCUCAUAGUGGGCUGCCAUCCAUUCCUACGAUGACCAAUGAAGUGGGGCCACCGCUUCACUCUUCUAUAUGGAAACCACAUGCUAAUAUGUUCAGUGCAGCAAAACACAUUAAAAGACAUAUCAGGACAUCGGCUGAUGAGAAUAGACAACAGAUGCCAGAGGGACAGAGUAGCGAGACGCUGAACUCAAAUAAUGUAGGUAAUAGUUUAGCUCUACAGUCAAGGCAGCAUCAAUACAGGGCUUCAGAAGCAACAGUGAGAUUGAGUGAGUGCAUGACAGGGUCAAACAUGGCCACCACCUCCACCUUCUCUGGAUACAGCCUGAGUCACAGUAGUUUUAACAUGGUGAAGAGAAUGAGGACUCAGUGGAGGUCGGGCGGCACUACCGAGAGGCGUUUCAGCUGCACCUUUUGUGGGAAGAGCUUCCAGCGUCUCUGCCAGCUCAAAGUACACCUCCGAAGUCACACCGGAGAGAAACCGUACACCUGCGAUCAGUGUGGCAGGAGUUUUACCCAGCAGUGCAACCUGAUCAGACAUGCUAUGGUCCACAGCGGGGAGAAGCCCUACGAGUGCACACAGUGUGGGAAGUGCUUCACCCGGCGCUCCAAAAUGACAUCACAUCAGAGAACUCACAUAGGAGAGAGUCCGGUGUCUCAAUACGUGAUACCUGCAUACCCUGGGGAUCCACACACAAGUUUAAUGUAGUCUCAGAACAAAUAGGAACAUAAUUUUAGUUUUUCUGUAACUCUUUCUACAUGGAAAUGUGGUGCAGAAGGUAUUUUGACAAGCUUUUCCUCCAAAUUGAUUUGUGCUUUUCUUGUUUGAUUGUUGAAGGCUUGAUUUUGAGAGUCAAUCUGUCUUUUAGAUCAAUAAUACUAAUACAUGAGACCUAUAUGUAGAGCUUUUCAAUGACCCAAAAUUGCUUUACAAUUGUUGAAAAAAAUUAUCACAAGACAGCACCAGACUAACAGCAGGAGAAACAAAGAGAAUGGGGAGGGGCUUAAAGUAAGGACAAGAGUGUGUGUAGGUGCUUUUUUUUCAAUUAGAUUUCCUCAACUCCUGCAUCUUUUCUUCCUAGUCCUUUCUCGCCUCCUUUGGAAAAAAGGUCAAAAUAAUGGAGGAGAGGGGGUGAGGAGAGUGGUGUGGACGAAAAUGUGCUUUUAUGGAAUGAGAUGGUCCUUAUCCAUCAGGCAAAGGACGUUUACCGGGGUGGAUCCCAAAAUAAAUGUGUAAAGCGAUUUUUAAAAAUUAAGUUAGUUUUGCAAUACAUUUUAUACAUAAAAGGUUAAGUAGCAUAUUGUUUUUAAAUGUGUGCAUGCUUUUCCCCGACGACAAUACAACCGCUGAUUCAAAGGGUGUGUGGAAGAAAUGUUAAAACUCUUCUGUGCUAGGAUACACUUGUGCUUCCUCGUCAAAAGGGGGGCUAUCAAGAAGGGGAAGACGUCUUAGUUUGCCUAAUAACGAAUAGAGUACCACAGUAUGAGUCAUAAUACCCAUAAAACCUAGCGGUCAAACUAA